GUUCAUCGUGUCAUUACGAAUUUCUUUUUCCAUUCAGUAGUGGUGAAAGCUGCCUUGCGGUCAAUUUUACAACGGACGUAGUGCUAUAGCACACGUGUCGAUCAUCGCGAUGGCAGAUGGGGAGGUAGUGCAGGCUAUAUCGAGGACGAGCGUUCAUGAAGAUAUAAUCAAGGAAGUGGAAGAGACAGAUUGGUCGGUUGAUCCUACUGAGGAAGAAGGCCUUAUGUCUUGUUCAACUGCCAACACAUCAAAGACGACGGAAGAGGCCGCAAAGAAUAGUUCUUCGAAAGUGGAAAAUGGAGAUGAAGAUGUCGAAUUCGAUCCAGAUGAACUUGAAUGUGUUGAUGAAGAUGCAGAAGAUGAACGACGCGAAAGAAAAGAGCGUGAAGAAGAGCGCAGACGUCAUGAGAGGCACAAACAUGAAGAGAGAAAACAUCACCACUCAGACACGCAUUCUAGACAUAGCGUCGAACACCACCAUCCUUAUUCUCGCCAUGAUCGUGAUCGACGUGAUUACUACGGAAGUGACAGACUGCGCAGGCGUUCAGCUGAUCACAAGCGCUUGCGAAAGCCGUAUGAUCCAAGGUGUCGCAGAGUCGAGACAUAUGUCCCAAGGCGUUCGCGGCAUUCAUCUGGCGAUAAACCGCACAGCAGAGAAAAAGAGAGAACCGCGGCUGAUGACAGGGACAUCCCACUGGAUGAGCUUGAACUUGAGGAGGUUGACUGUUGUGACGAAGUAGGUGACGAUCGCUCAGAUUAUGCAGACGGCACCUCGAGUGCGUGCGGAUCUUAUUCUGGAGAGGACGAUGACUACGAUGGUUUGAGUAUGUCGCGCUCGAGAGGUCCCAAUCACAUGUCUAGUCUUGGUGAUGGUGAUGAUUUCCCAGACCUCUGUGAGGAACUCGACGAGGAUGCUAUGCGGCGUGCCGCUGCAGCUGCUGCCGCCAAAAACAUCGUUCUCUCCAGUGAAUCGCAAGCCGAUGUCAACAGUCCACCUCCGCCAGGCACAGGAAAAGUAGUACGAAAACCUCAUGAUGACACAUAUUCGCAUCGAAGAGAGACGGAAUUGCGGAGGAAUGGAAGGAAUGGCGAAGUUGCUCCCUCCCGACAUAUGCGUGGCAGUCGACAUGAAGAUGACGCUCGGCGGCGGCGCCACUUCAUGGAAAGUAACUACAAAUCGAGACGAGGUGAAUGGAGACGAAUUGACGAGAGAAGAAGAGGAGAUGAUAGGACGGACAAGGCUAGAAGUAGUCGGGAAACUCCUGGCGCUCAACGUGCUCUAGUUGUCACUAAGUCGGAUACCACCACUGAAAUGUGCAGACGAGACGAUGCAGAAUUGAUAUCCAUAAAAGGGCCCCUUGCACACGGAUGGUAUUCUGGAGAUGAAGAAGAGCAGAUGCCUACAUCGUCACAAAGUUCACCGAAAAGCACAUACGCAAGCGAUAGUGAGCGUAGAAUGAGCGUAACGCAGAGAAGUGCGUCGGUCACAGAUGAUGCAGAUGAUACCGCUAAAAAAGUGCGUCUUCGAUCCUUCACACUAGUACCACCUACAAGGCACAAUACCAAUUCGGCCGCAAGUCCUCCACCACGGAUCAAAAAUAGCAGUUUACCAACGUCGCCUCGUAAAAGGGAUCUUGGCAAACGAGGAUCAUCCCGGGAUAGCAGCUCGUCCCCAGUGCGGAAAACUCCGGACCAUCGUCGUCAACAACAACAGCAGCAGCAGACUAAUGGAGCCACUGUCGUUCAUGGCAACAACGUUAAUGGCAAGAUCCCAUCGCUAUUGGAUAUGUGCAUAAAGGAGCCCAAAGAACUACAACAAGGACCUUCAACAGUGAAUGGCGUCACCACAUCGAGAGCGUUGGCAGAUGCCAUAACGCAACGGAUACAAAGGCGUGAUGCUGCUGCCGACAAGGAAAUUCCGAAAAGUCGCUCACUUCUUGAUUUGGACAUACCUCCACCAGACCGUAAUUUGAUGCGGCAAUAUGCUAUCGUGCUGAAUAGUCUCGAGCUCACGCAACGACCAAGUUAUUCACGAGCAAACAGACGCAAACCGGAAAAAAUGCCAGUGAUGGCACGGAUGUCAUCGCCAAGACUGAGUGAUCACUACGAACAUCCGCGACAACCUCGCUUAUAUGUUCAUGGGAAACGUAAAUUAUCUCAAUGAAUUUUUUGUCUUUGUCGGUGAUAUAUGUAAACUGCUCUGAAUUUUUCUUCAAAGCUUGCGAGUAAAAUUAAUAAGAUUGUUUGAGUUUCUUCACAAAAUCAUAUGAUAUCUGU